AUGGAGGCCUUGGAACCUCUGCUUCCCGCCAUCCUCAGCUUUGGGGACCGCGAGGCCGCGCUUUGCGCGGUCUGGAUCCAGUGCUGCCGCGAGCGCUGGAGGUUUGGGGCCCUUUUCCAAGUCGACUCGCAUGCCGCUCCGGGGGCGCGAGACGAGGCCUCCAUGCAGCUGUGGCAGAGAUCCGUCGACGAGUCCCGCGACGGGGUGCACCAUUCCGAUGCCUUCACCUUCUUCCUGGAGCGAUCCAGACAGGAUGCAGAGGUUCGAGAAUGGCUAGAAUCAGAGGAAUCCGACAAGUUGGAUGAGAUCGUUCAACUGGGCGCCAAUGCGCUCGAUGUCCUCCUGAAGAUGGAGACAAAGACAGAUGCCAGGCGAAAAGUGGCCGCGCAAAGCGCGCAGAAGGCUCGGAUCCAGAUCACGGACGCUUGGGCCGUGGAGAGGUGGACGCAUCUCCUCAAGAUCGAACCUAGCAAGGCAGCUACGCUGGAGGAAGGGGCCCUAAUCCUCUCACAGUGGGGCUACCCUACUGCAGACGUCAGCGGCAUGCGCGCCACCCUGGAGAAGCUGGCGCAGCGUGCGAAGGAGCUCGGCGCCCAGCGCCGUUCUACCGGACUCCCUGGCGAGGACGAGGCCAGAACCAUGAUCACCGCACUCAACCAGGCGUUGUUUGAUGAGUAUGGAUUGGAGGGCAACGCAGAGAACUACUACGACCCAGAGAACUCCCUGCUUCACGCAGUGCUGGCCAGGAAGAAGGGGAUUCCCAUCUCACUCUGCGUCGUCUGGGCUGCCGUGGCGCGCCGCUGCGGGCUGGAGUGCCAUCCCCUGGCUGGCAUGCCGCAGCAUGUGCUGAUCCGUGUGCCACUGCGGACUUCCGAGUCCUCCGAGUCCGCAGGACCUGCUGCGAUGCGGGAUUUGUACGUGGACGCAUUUUCCGGCGGAAAAGUGCUGGUGUGGCGAGAGCUGGUCAGGUUCCUGUACUUGAUGCUGGGUCCCCGCAUCCAGGGCAUGCCAGAAGAGUCCUUGCUGUCGACCGUCGAAAUCAGCCCGCCCGUGCAGCUGUACUUCCGCAUGAUGCGCAAUCUACAGAAUAUCUACCAGGCAUCCGCAGACAUCGUCCGAUUCCGUGGCAUAGAGAUUCAGAUGCGCGCGCUCGUCCAUUUGAUGCAGGACUCCACUGAGCCGCGAGGCAGAGGGUACAGGGCGCCUGGGCCAUGA